AUGCCUCCCGCCCCUCCCGCCAAGUUCGCUCGCACCUCUAUGGAGGGAUGGAGCCGCAAACGUUCGGUCUCGCCCAGCGCUCGUGCAGCUCGUGUUUCUCCCUACAAGAAGAACCCGGCGCCUUCGUCCUCGUCCACGGCUUCCUCCUCGUCCACCGCCCCGUUGCAGUCCCACCUCGAGCUCGAGACCUUUGUGCCUCGCCGCUCGGACGAUGGUUACUACUACGAGGACGAGUACCGUGAUGAGCACAUUGCGUACCUUCUCAAGAUGGAGAACGCGACGCUCCCUCAGCCGGAACUCAUGGGAACCCAACCUGAGGUCCAGUGGCGUAUGCGACCAUACCUCAUCGACUUCCUCGUGGAGCUUCACAACCAGUGGCACCUCGAGUCGGAGUGUCUCUACCUCGCCAUCAACAUCGUCGACCGUUACGUGUCGCGACGUGUGGUCUUCAAGAAGCACUACCAGCUCGUCGGAUGCGCUGCUCUGUGGAUCGCCGCCAAGUUUGAGGACAGCAAGGACCGCGUUCCGCUGGUCCGCGAGUUCUACGACAUGUGCUGCAACUCGUACGAGCCGUCGGCUUUCAUCCAGAUGGAGGGUCACAUUCUGACUACCAUCGGAUGGGUCGUUGGCCACCCGACUGCCGUGUCAUGGCUCCGACUCCACCUGACGCACUCGAACUCCCAGCUGAACGAGCACCCCCGGGUAGCGGCUGCUGCUCGCUUCAUCCUCGAGUUUGCUCUGUACCAGCAGGAGUUCAUCGGCAUCCGCCCGUCAAUCCUUGCUUGGGGCUCGCUCACUCUCGCCCGCUUCAUCUGCGGCAGGCAGCGCCGAUCGGCCCCCCACGAGCUUCUGGAGCCGUCAGAGCCUCAGGCGAUCCGCAUCGCCCAGGCCCUCGACCGCAUUCUCCACGAGAACCUCGAGAGCAUGUCGGACGUCCUCGUCAACAAGUACACGCGCGAGCGUUACCACAUGUGCGCCGAGUUUGUCCGCGACUUUUACCUGUCUGGCCGUCGGUAUUCGUGCACCGUCGACAUUCGCCGCUCGCAGCCCCUGCUGCACGUCCCGUCGACGCCCGGUCUCUCUCCCCCGUCUUGGUCGUCUCGACGAUCAUCGGCACUCACCAACAGCCCGGGAAGCCGAAGCUCGCACGACACGUCUUCCGACUCUGGCGACGAGGGCAGCGUUCCUGUUACGCCGUCAAGUGAGCACCCGCUCACGUCGACCAUGGACCGAUACGUGGUCGCGGCCAAGGAGAACAUUGCCCCGUCAGCAGUCAAGCUGUCGAAGCAGGUUCCCGCUGCCCCGCCGACGCCAACAGCCUACGAGCGUUCCGGACCGCCGGCGCAGCCCAUCCCGGCUCCGCUACGCGCCGACGCUCGUCGCACGCGCGACUGA